AUGGCGACGUCAAGCAUGCACUACGCCCACUGCGGCGCCAACGACGGCUGCAAGCUCGCCUUCCAGUCCUCCCUCCCCCUCACCGGCGCCGCCUCCGCCACGCGGUGCGUUCUCCUCAUGCACGGCUUCAGCGGCUCGGCAGACUACUUCCACCGCAACGCCAAUGUCCUCGCUUCCAAGGGUCUCUGGGUCGUCGCGCCGGACAUGCGCGGUCACGGCAAAUCGGACCGCACAAAGGGCGGCUACCACGUCGCGCGCCUGGCCGCCGACCUCCGCGACCUAGUCCACCACCUGACUCGCGCUGCCCCCGACGUCAAGAUCGUGCCCGUAGGCUGCUCCAUCGGCGCCGCGGUGCUGUGGACGUACGUCGAGCUGUUUGGGUGCGCGGAUUUUGCGGGGUUCGUCUUUGUCGACCAGGCGCCGCUGCAGGACCGCUCGUCGUUUGACGGGUGGGACGAGAGCAAGGCGCACACGGGCUGCUACGACGAGGCGAGCAUGCUGGGCGCGCAAAAGUUUUGGAUCAACGAGUCGGCGGCGGCGCACGUGGAUCUCGUGGACGGGUGCUUGGGGUACCGGGCGAAGCCCGAUCCGGCCGACGAUAUCCCGGCCGAGGUGAGGAAGAAGGACGAGGAGUUUUUUACGGGCAUCAGCGCGCUGUGCGACCAGGCGUGGCUUGCGAGGCUGCUGGCUGACCACACGCGGUACGACCACCGCGAGGCCAUUGAGAUGAUUAGCGUGCCGACGCUGGUCAUGGCGGGGCGCAAGUCGGGUUGCUUCCCGCUCGAGGGUAUGCUCGAGACGGUCAGGAGGGUGGACAAGAACCGGCCCGGUCUGGCGAAGUCAUCCGUCUUCGAGUCUGGCCAUUGGUUGUUUUAUGAGCAGCCGGAGAGGUUCAAUAAGGAGAUUGCGGAAUUUGUGGACCAGUGCACGAAAUGA